AUGGCCAGCCAUCACCAUCAGGAACUCGACUGGGACCCUGCAGUCGCUGAUGGAUGGGAGUCGCUCAGUGGAGAUUUCCGGCCCGACCUUGCCCCACUUCCCAACCAUACUGAUGUGCAGCACCACACAUACCAUAACACUACAGGACCUGCAACUCGCUUCAUUGCACCCAACCCAUCCCACCAAUACCACUAUCAAACUGCCUCCGGUGCGCCCCACCUUGGCGCGAUUUCAACGGCAGGCCCAGGGAUUCCGUCUGAAUCUCUUGCACCAUCCCAAAGGUCGACUGUGGCCCAUUCAACCGGAUCUCUGUUUCACAUAACGAACCCCGCACAUAGCCUCACAGGCCCCCCAGCCCAAGUCGGUAGCAAUGGAGCACAAGGAGCCAUGCAAAUCGCGGAUAAUUCAACCCCCCAAUCAACAUCCCCCUUGCCGAUGACCUCUGUUGGGCAUCGGACCCAGCAUACCCCCACACAUGGGCAUCCAGGUCAAAUUGGAGCCAGUGAGGCAGGUGGGAUCGGCCCAGUACGAACCCCAUCACAAACCAGUCUCCCCAAUCUGUCUCCCUACCCCCGGAAUUCCACUCGUGACUCAGUCAGCAACCUUAGUCAACAUUCAAGCUCAUCGGACUCGGCCUCAACCUCGAUCCGUUCCGAAACCCUCACUUAUAUCCGCGAGAAUUACCAACAACUGCAAGAAAACCUUGACAAUCAUGAGGAGUUUGCCCGCAUUGGCCAACCGCUCUUCAGUAUUCCGGAGACAGAGCGAUGGCCAGCUGCCGUUGCAUUGAUCUUGCUUCAAGGCCGUGCAAACACAGCAUCCCCAGCAACCACGAUGGUACUGACCAACGAAGACACCCCCAACCUCAAGACCCUUGUGAGCUCCAACAUCCGGUUGAUCCUGCUCAAUCCUAAACUCGACAUCUACGGACAAAGAGGUUCCCGCACCAAUCUAGACGCCAUAUCGCCAUACUCGAUGAUGAAGACCCUUCUGGACUCGCAAAGCCCUCGCUUUCUCAAACAGCUGCCGAGCAACUACAAUGACAAUCCUGCCUGGCUCAACUCAUUUGAUAAUCUCAUCAAACAACAGCUCAAGGCUGACAAAUUCAAGCUCUCCAGCUUGAUUCAGACGAACUUACCCUCUCCACCAGAGAAAGUCCCCUCGAUUAAGGAACUUGUCUCGUCUGUCUUCAUCGCGAUGCACCCCCGAUACAAGAACACACCAAAACAACAGGUCUAUGGGCAGGUCCCUCCGCCUACACGGGCCCGACUCGCGUAUAUUAGGUUUAUGAUCAACCUCAACCGUAUCCAACGAGAGGGUAAGAAGAAGGGGGAAACCCCAACCAUCUGGCAUCAAAUCAAUGAUGAUCUCAAUUCACGAGUAGGUCAAACCCGCAUGUACAGGUAUGCCUUUGGGCAGCUGAUCCUAGCCAAAGAUGAGCGACUCUGGGAUGGACAAACCGCCUUGGACGAGGUUGACCCGGACGACUGUGCCCUUCCAACCGAAGCCGAAAUCGCCACUGAGAUAGCCAGACUCGGAGGAGACACGUCUACUCAAUUCACUCAAGCAGCAGCCGGUACUGCCAGCUGA